GCACCCAGCGAAGAAGUAGAGUACCUUAUAAGUUUCUUGCUUGGUAUUUGGGCGGCCGCAGCCGAGAAAGGAACAUGGCGCUUGUAGGCAGCCGAGUGGAGCUGGAAGCUGAUGAGGAUAUCUUUGAAGAUGCCUUGGAAACCAUCUCUAUGUCUCCUCAACCAGAUAUGGCAACAAGUAGCUUUCACUUUGCAUCAUAUGAUACCAAACGGGCAUCCAGACAGCUUGGAACAUCAAGUUCGAGCAGUUCAUCAUCAACCAAAGUGGAUCUCAAGAGUGGCCUAGAAGAAUGUGCAGUGGCAUUGAAUUUAUUUCUAAGUAACAGAUUUACAGAUGCCUUAGAAUUGCUUCGUCCAGGGGCUAAGGAGAGUAUGUACCAUGCCUUGGGCUACAGUACCAUUGUGGUGUUGCAGGCUGUCAUGACCUUUGAGCAACAGGACAUCCAAAAAGGCAUUUCUGCCAUGAAGGACGCUUUACAAACCUGCCAAAAAUAUAGGAAAAAAUGCACAGUUGUAGAAUCUUUUUCAAGUCUUCUUUCUCGAGGAUCAUUGGAACAGCUGAGUGAAGAGGAGAUGCAUGCUGAAAUCUGUUAUGCUGAGUGUCUUCUACAGAAAGCAGCACUCACCUUUGUGCAGGAUGAAAAUAUGAUCAACUUCAUCAAAGGUGGACUCAAAAUUAGAACAAGUUACCAAAUAUAUAAAGAAUGUCUUUCUAUCCUGCAUGUAAUUCAGAAGAAUAAACUCGAGCAAGAAUUCUUCUAUGAGUUUGAAGGAGGUGUCAAGCUUGGAACAGGGGCCUUUAACUUGAUGCUGUCUCUUUUACCAGCAAGGAUUAUCCGAUUAUUAGAAUUUAUUGGAUUUUCUGGAAACAGGGAGUUGGGCCUCCUGCAGCUUCGGGAAGGUGCAUCGGGAAGAAGCAUGAGAUCUUCACUGUGCUGCCUAACCAUCCUGGCUUUCCACACUUAUAUCUCCCUCAUACUUGGUACAGGAGAAGUGAAUGUUGGGGAAGCAGAGAGUCUCCUUGCACCCUUCCUCCAGCAGUUUCCAAACGGCUCACUCAUGUUGUUUUAUCAUGCCCGAAUCGAGUUGCUGAAAGGGAAUAUUGAAGAGGCACAAGAGAUAUUUCGAAAAUGCAUUUCAGUUCAAGAAGAAUGGAAACAGUUUCACCAUCUCUGUUACUGGGAGCUAAUGUGGAUUUAUGUAUUCCAACAAAACUGGAUGCAGGCGUAUUACUAUUCAGAUCUGCUUUGCAAAGAGAGUAAAUGGUCCAAGGCAACAUAUGUAUUUUUGAAAGCUGCAAUUUUGAGUAUGCUUCCUGAGGAAGAUGUGGUGGCAACCAAUGAGAAUGUGGUAACUUUAUUCAGACAGGUAGAUGGCUUGAAGCAGAGAAUUGCUGGUAAAUCUCUCCCUACUGAGAAGUUUGCAGUGAGGAAGGCUCGGCGUUACUCCCCCUCCUUGCCUGACCCUGUAAAGCUCGUCCUGCCAGCCCUGGAAAUGAUGUAUGUCUGGAAUGGUUUUUCAAUAGUGGGUAAAAGAAAAGACAUUUCUGAAAAUCUCUUGGUAACCGUUGAAAUGGCUGAGGCAGCUUUACAAAAUCAAAACUUUAGCGACUACUCUGUAGAUGACGAGUGCUUAGUGCAGUUACUUAAAGGAUGCUGCCUCAAGAACCUGCAGCGGCCCAUGCAAGCCGAACUGUGUUUCAAUCAUGUUGUGGAAAGUGAAAAGCGGCUGAAGUAUGACCACUACUUAGUGCCAUUCACUCUGUUUGAGUUGGCAUUUUUAUAUAAAAGCCAAGGGGAAAUUGACAAGGCCAUAAAAUUCCUAGAAACUGCAAGAAACAACUACAAAGAUUACUCCUUGGAGUCCAGACUACAUUUCAGAAUUCAGGCAGCUCUUCACCUCUGGAAAAAACCCUCCUCGGAAUGAUCAGGACCCAGAUGAUGGAAUUCCCCCCAAAUAGCAUCGGCAUCUGCUGUAGAUUAGACCUUGUUUUAAAGUGAGAAAGUGAUCUUGUGAAUAAGAGAUGGAAAAUUUAUUUUACUGUCAAUAUUUUCUAUCAUCUGAAUGGUUUACUGUUGGUCUCCAUAAAAAUGUUUUUAUUUUUCUUCCUGUGGAAUAACA